AAGGAGCGCAUUGCUGGCUACCACCCAGAGCCGGAUUAAGAGGAUGGAACAAGGGUCAUGUACCCUGUGCCCUCCGUUUUAUAGGGCCCCCCUGUUGGAUCUGCUCCCAGAUAGCUCUAGCACGGGAUGAUAGAGCUAAGUUAACACAGCAGCAAGCUGGGCAGAGGGAGAAGAGAGACCUCCAGGCCAAUCACAGAGAGCUUCUCCCCGGAGUCCCCGCCCCCUGCAAAGCACUGCUGGGAAGAAGACUGGUGGUGUGCAUGUGGGCUGAGAGCUCUGCAGGGUGAGUGCAGAGGCAGCAGAGCCAGCCAGCCAGCCAGCCAGCCCACAGCAAAGUAACACUGGAUAGAGUGGCAGCAAAGUACGCUGCUGGGGGGAGAGAGAAAACUCUACAAGAGUAAUUGACAUAUAUGACAAAACAUGGAGACUGUGUCAGUUUACCAUGGUAACAUUAGUCGUGAAGCUGGAGAGAAACUCCUCUGCGAAUCUGGAAAAGAUGGAAGUUACCUACUGCGUGACAGCGAGACAGUACCUAACAUGUAUUGUCUAUGUGUUCUGGGAGUAGUGCAACCCUGGAGCGUCACCCACAAGAGCUGCCAGGUGCCCUCAGCUCCAUCACUCCUGUCGUUGCCUCUGGAUUCUAUGGCAAUACUCCACCGGAAGCAGGGGCACAAAGACUUGAUUUACACCUACAGAGUGUCACAAACAACAACUGGGUCAUGGUCGGCCGAGGCUGCACCUGGUGUCCCAAAAAGAAUGUUUAGAAAGGUUCAGAACCUAAUCUCUGCUUACAAGAAACCAGAUCAAGGGAUUGCAACCCAUCUACAGCAUCCAGUGGAGAGGAAAAUACCUAAAGCAAAAGGUUAAGAACGGAUACCAACAUCAAUGUACUCUGUGAUGAACCAACUUUAUUGCCUGAGAAAACUGCUUUGUGUUAAAAAUUCAAAGUUGUCUAAUUACCAAUGGAAAUAUAUGAAAUGAUAUACUGUAUAUAAUUUAAACUAUUUAACAUUAAGGUGUAUUCUAAAUGAAAUAUAUUACUGUAGGUUUAGGGACACAAAAUUGUGUGUAUGAAUACCUAACUAUGAAUAGUACAUCCAUCCAGUUACGGAACUACCAUGAUUUGUAGGCGGUAUGGCCAAAUCACGCAGUGGCCGCAUCAUGCCUACGUGGUCAUUCACAUUGAGGGCGCAACCCCGAAGGAUGUGUCCGCAACAUAAUUGACAGUGGCAGGCGUUGGGUGGGCGGCGAUGCUGUGGUGGCAAUACAAGUGCCAGCAUGCACUGAUGUGCAAGUGCACACUGACACUUGUAGAAACCCAAUAAUGUUGGCCCCCUUUAGUAUAAUAUUAAUAUUUGUUCCCCAUUUAAUGUAUAAAGUAAUUCCCUUUUUAAUAAAUGUAAUUGUCUUUCCUUAAUAAAUGUACUCCUAAUUAUGCCCUUCGCCUUUCUGAUAAUUCAUUUAUGAUAUAUGUGUGUGCAUCAUAUUUUUGGAUACAUUUCCCCCUGAAUGUUUUCUGUAGUGUAGUUGUAACAUUAUUUACCUAUAAUCUUUUUGAUUUAUUCAGAUCUCCUAGAUUAUGGGGCUGAUGCUGAACCGCACUGGCCCGUUACUAAGUUAAGGGGAUAAAAUCGGAUGUUUUCCUUCUGAUUUUACAAUGCACAUUUUUAUGCAUACAAUUUAGGGGUUUUAAAUCCGCAAGACAUUGCUUGAGGUUUGAGGUUUUAAAUUCCAAACCACAAAAUGGUAAAUGCAAUUUGGGGCUGAAAAUUGCAUGCGUUGUGGUAUUUUCACACAAAAGCACUGAAUGGGCCUAAAUCUUACCUGACCGUAGCUGUGCUAAAUUUAGCACAUCUACGAUCAAUCACACAGACAUGCGGGGGGACACCCAGCACAGGGCUAGUCCGCCCCACAUGUCAGGCCCAACCCCCAUCCCCCCGCACAAGUACUAAAGCAUCGCACAGCAGCGAUGCUUUUGUACUUGAAGAGUAGCUCCCUACCAGCGCUGCUCCCGCGCGCUAGCAGGGAGCUACUCAUCGCUGUGAGGGUCACAGCGGCUGCAUGUGAUGUCACACAGCCGCCACAGCCCACCCCCCGCACGGUCCGGGAACGCCUGCGUUGCCUGGACAGCGCCCCUAAAAUGGCGGCCAAAUGCUGCCGGCCCACACCCUCCCACCCAGCAAAUGCCUCUGCCUGUCAAUCAGGCAGGGGCGAUCGCAGAGCUGAGACGGCCAUCAGCUGUCUGGCAUGCGCCGGCGCAUUCGCAGUUCAGACCUGACCAGCUGCUGUGGGAAAUCGCACAGCAGCCCGAUCAGGUAUGAAUUAGGCCCAAUGAUACAUUUCCUGUCUGGUCCUAGAUGGCAUAAUUGUUCAGUGAAAAAAGUGGUUGAUAAGUGCUAUUGAAGACACAUCAAUGCUUUAUAAGCAGCUACUAGCACAUCUGAAUAUUUCAUGUUGAUUUAGUAUCCCAGGUAUGCUCUUCUCCUGACGAGCCUCCCGCUGAUCACAAUAAAUAAUGAUUCUGAAAGUGGUAGGGAUUUCAUUUCAUUUUGUCAACUGCCAAUUAGAACUUGUCUUAUUAUUGUCCCCAUACAUUAGCAAUCAAUUGAGGCAAUUUGCAGAUUUGCAGACGAUUGUACAAACAAAUCUGCAAUGUAUAGGGUUCACAGAUCGCGUAUUCAGACCAAAAAUCGAGUGUGAUUGUUAAUUAGGUUGUCCAUCAUGUUGGAUUUCACAGAUCAAUUGGGGCUGUAAAUUGCUAGUGUAUGGUAACAAUCAGCAGAUUUGCAGACCAUUUCUAGUAAACUGAUGACCCUUUCAAGAUUGGCAGAUCUGUAUUUGUGUAAAAUAAUCUGCAAAUCACUGAAAAAUAUUUGUAAUGUAUGGGCGCAGAUUGGUGGAUUGGGGAAUUUUUAAAUCUGGGAAAAAAAUCUUAGAAGUCUUUAGGUAGGAUAUCUUCUGAUCACUCUUCCCCCAAUAUCAUACUGAAUAACUCAGCUUAACUUAAAAAAUUUGACGGAGGCCACAUCACCGUUUGUUCCGGUGCUUCCUACUUUUAUAUGGGGCACAGCCCUCAGAAUGAAAUUUUACUAUACCAUAGAAAAAUAAUUUGGCAGUCUUACCACUUUGAUUGUAUGUAGUGUGUACAUAUUGUUGCCAUCGGAAACUGCAUAGUGCAUUGUGUUGCUGCUGGUUUUUAGAAAAUCUAUUCUAAGGGCCAUUCCAACAAGAUUACGCACACUACAAAUUACAGUAUAUUAAAAAACAGACAGCAAUUAUAAUGAACAAUAUAUCUUUUGCUUUUUUUAUUGCUCAUAAAGAUUUCUAUUUUGUGAUUUUUUUUAAUCACAAGUCAUUUACUUGACUAAGGGGUCAUUCCGAGUUGAUCGCUCGCUAGCAGUUUUUAGCAGAUGUGCAAACGCAUUGUUGCCGCCCACUGGGGAGUGUAUUUUCACUUUGCAGAAGUGCGAACACCUGUGCAGCAGAGUGUCUGCAAAAACAUUUUGUGCAAAACAAGACCAUCCCUGAACUAACUCUUUGUGUGCAUUGAUUCUAACGUUGGAGGGUUGGCUUUUGACGUCGCACGCCCGCCCAGCAUUCACCCAGCCACGCCUGCGUUUUCCCUGGCACGCCUGCAUUUUUCUAAGCACUCUCAGAAAACGGUCAGUUGACACCCAGAAACGCUCCUUUCCUGUCUAUCUUCUUGCAGCCGCCAGUGCGAAUGAAAACGUUGCUAGAACCUGUGCAAAACAACAAAUCUCUUUGUACCCGUACGUCGUGCGUGCGCAUUGCGGUGCAUACGCAUGGGCAGAUUAGCCGUUUUUUACACUGAUCGCUGCGCUGCGAACAACGGCAGCUAGUGAUCAACUCGGAAUGACCCCCUAAAUGUAGCUGUUUUUCCCAUUUGAAAAAAAGUUGUAGAUACUGUUCUUCCAUCUGUAAAUAUUGUAAAACAGUCCAUAGUAUGACCAACUGAGAUAUUCUACUGCGUUAAAUACAUGAUUGAAUUACAUAUGCUAGGAAAAGUAAAACCAUUUGAGUCACUCUCUUCUUCAGACUGGAAAUGGCAUUUGUUGCUUUCCUUGCCUAUUUUUGCAGUUUCUUCCAAUUUUGCUUGUCAGAUAUCUUCACGCUUAUACUGAUAUCAAAACACGUUUGUAUAAAUGUAAUGCACACAUAGUAAAAAUAAUGCGCAAUGGCAGUUCAAUGAUCUGUCGCGUUUCUCUAGGCACGGCCACUUAGCUUCAUCAGAAGUACUGCUCAAUCUCCAUUAAGGGUCUAUUUAUACCCUAAGAUCAUUGAACUGCCGUUGCCCUUCUCCACCUGCGCAAAAGGAUCCAGAUAUGGACUUUUAAAUAAGACUCCCGGGACUGUACCUAUUUCUUGGACCGACCGCAAUACAGCACUAUUUGGAAAACACCCAGUGGACUGCACCUCUACAGCUUGCUUGCUGAACAUCCUUAUCUUUAGAUAUCACCAUACACCACGGGUAAUACCAGCUGUUCCUAUUCGGUACCUAUUGGGAGCAAUUGCCACUAUUUGUCCGGGAUCCCAUUGUGGAUUAGAAGGAGAGCAGUUAUAUAUUAAUUUUUACUUCUCAGCAUUUUUAUUCAUGUUUAAUCAU